GAUAGAGAGAGAGAGACAAAGAUGAGAGAGAGAAGGGGAAAUCGGAAAACCCUAGAUCCCGCCGGUGAGGAUGGUGUCACCGGAAAAGAGGGAAAGGGCUUCUUCGCCUGCUACCUCUUGACCUCUCUGAGCCCUCGCCAUAAGGGUCAAACUUAUAUCGGGUUCACGGUUAACCCGAGGCGGAGAAUAAGGCAGCACAAUGGAGAGAUUACUUGUGGUGCUUGGAGAACAAAAAAGAAACGUCCAUGGGAAAUGGUUCUCUGUAUCUAUGGUUUCCCAACCAACGUCUCUGCCCUUCAGUUUGAAUGGGCUUGGCAGCAUCCGAGAGAAUCGUUGGCAGUGAGAGAAGCUGCUGCUGCUUUCAAAUCCUUCCCUGGGAUUGCAGGCAAGAUCAAGCUUGUAUACACAAUGCUAAAUCUUCCGGCUUGGAACAGUUUAAACCUGACAGUCAAUUAUUUCUCAUCAAAGUAUGCACAUUAUGGUGGUCUUGCUCCAAGUUUACCUCUACACAUGAAAGUCGAAGUUUGUGCGAUGGAGGAUCUUCCAUACUUCACAAAGCUUGACAACAGUUCUCAACCCGAAGAUGAUGAGAGUCCUGAGGUUAAUGAAGAAGCGGAGGAUGAAGAUAGCAACCAAAGCCAACCUGGGAAUUCAGGUGCAAGCUCACAGGAUGACUUGUAUCCGGGUGAGAAGGAACUUCAUGACCGGCAUUUUGAAAAAGCGAAAGAACCCGUAACUGUAUUGGAUGAAGACAGAUUAGCAAAUUUCAGUGGUUUUGGGUCAUUAGAAGAAGAGGCUGUUGAAGAUGAAGUAUCACAUAGCCCUGUAGGAUCCAUUGAAGUUAUGGAUAAAGAACCCGAGACUGUAUUCGUUGACAGAUUAGCAAAUUUCACUGGUUUCGGCUUAGUAGAGAUCGUUGAAGAUGAAGAAGUAUCACAUGGAACUGUAAGAAACACUGAAGCUAUGGAGAAAGAUAGUUGGAUAAGAAGGAACCUUAUCACCUCGACGACGACUGAGGUUGACGUUGAGGUGAUAGAUCUGAUGACUCCAUCACCAAGCUGUAGAGCUGGGUCGUCUAUGAAGAGACGAAGAGUUUCUGAGUUUAUAGAUUUAACUAGGUCUCCUAAUUUCAUAGAGUUGUAGAAAUAAUACACAAUAUGUCACUUGUGUGUGUGCAAAUCAAAAUCAACUUUCUUGUAAUUUUCUUUUAUAUAUAAUAAAAGAUUUCAAACCUUGUAUCCAAAA